AUGGUUUUACCGAUCCCUCAUGUUUGGUUAUUGAUUCCACAUUUUACGCCUUCCCCAAUCAACGGGUCAAGCACCGGGCAUACUAUGCUCCUUCGAUUAGGUCUUUGGGCAGGGCCAUAUCCGCGUUCCCACCGCAAGCAACCAUAUCUUCGGCCUACGGCGUACUCACGCCGGAUGGGCAGAAGGCGGAGGCACCAUCGAGGGAUGGAAGGGACGAACUGGAUAGUGGUGUUGUUUCACCCGCUUCCGUUCCACUCCUUCGCUUGUGAUACUCUAUGGCACUUGCUCACUCGUUACACUCUCGUCAUACCAGGAGUACCAUCGGAAGUAGAGAAAACGAAGCCCUGUAGGAAAACAUUUCAGACUAUCCGCUGA